CCGGAGGUGUUUUUAAUGCACUUCCGGGUUGGCUGUCAUGGCUGCACCCUGAUCGCUGUAGUUGAGGAUAUCCCGACACAUUUCUAUCAAGAGACAAACAAAACAAACCAACCAACAAACAAAGGCGUUUGUCAGAGCAGAGCAGACUACAGCCAUGGCGUUCAAAGAUCUGGCGAAGUGGAACACAAGAGUGUCUGCAGUCUACGCUGUCGGCAUCUGGACCAUGAUCGGCUCAUAUGCGUACUACAGUUACACAGGUCGUUAUGAGGACAAGUCAGAGAAAAAAGAGGAAGUGGUGCAAGAACCGGAGGAUCCAAAUCAAGUCGUCCACCAGACUGCUCACACCAAAACUGUCAUCAUUUACAAGAAAGACUUUGUCCCGUACACUACAAGGAUCCAGAAUUUCAUCAAAUCCUUCAGCAGUGGACCUGAAACUGGAGGCAGUGAAAAAUAGCUGCAUCAGUGCAAAAGGAGGAUGGACACUGUGGACUUGUAUAGAGCAAAUAUUUAUGAUGCACUAUGAAUUUAUGUGUGUGUGUGAGGACGUUGUCAUGACUUGUAAAGGAAAUUCCAGUGUGGUAUCCACCUGUGCGGUUCUGAGGGGGCCGUCACUUGUGUUUGGAUGCUAAUGGACUGUCACAGGCCAAUUUUUAUUAUUAAUAAACUGUAAACAAUAUCCAGAAGUAUUCCCGUCAUCCACAGUAUUGUUGACUGUAUGAAGUUGCCAAAUCCACACAAAAUGCUGAAAUAAACCCAUUUGAACAUACUGUA